GCGGGGCUUUAAAAUCUGGUUAUAUGAGCCGGGACUGGUCAGGAAGUGCGCGUGACUCGACAGGCCUCUAGGCCACCCUGCCCGCCCACCAAACUGGUCACUUGCGGGGAGGACUCGAACCUAAGGUUCAGGACCACAUGCCAAAGCGUUGCACGGAGCGAUAGUGGAGUGCAACUUUUCACUGAUAGUAUUUUUGCCUAUUUACUUCUUUGAAUUUGGUUUGAUAGUUAUGGUUUGCUUCGUUUUAAUUUUUGGUACCGCUAAAAUAUAUUUUACGUCUCUUUCGAAAUCAUCUAAGGACAUCGACCGUUCACACAGAGCCUAGGAACCCAUGCCAAAGCGUUGCGCAGAGCGAUAGCGGAGUGUAACGCUGCAUUGACAGUCUCUUUACUGAUUUGAUGUAUUAAAUUAGGUCUGUUAGUUUAGGUUUGCUUCAUUUUAUUUAAAAGCAAAGCGGAGUGCAACGCUGCCUUAGCCCGUGUAGGAGCUACGCUUCGCUCCACCGGCAACUCGGUUCGGCAGGGACCGGGCCUAGCUUGGCCUGCCGGCUAGGGCGUUCCAUUUUAAGGAGUGAAGCCACCGAUCUAUUCGGAACGCAGCUUAAAUGAAAAUACACUUCGAGGAGUUUCCAGCGAAGGGCGCUGCGAUGUCAGGAACCAUGCGCAAGAAUGGAUUUUAGGCCUUUGUCACUUUCGCGCCAAUUAACACACGACACGAUUUUUCCCCUGCCGCGCUGCGGACGCGUGGCCGAGGCCAGGGACUCGCUGUCCUCAGCCCGAUUACUAGGCAAUACACGCAUGUAAUGCGCGUAGCCAGUUAGCCCUCUUCAGGCGUCUUCAGGCGUGUUUUUUAGAUUUUUAGACACGAAGUUGUCUUCUACUAUCGUUUUACUUUCCUACUUUACUUUACUAUCGUAUAGUCAAUUGUUUUAUAUGGCCCUUUAUGGAAAAAAAAAAUUCCUUCCUACGAUUUCCUUAAUUUUUUUUUUUAAAUAAAGAAUUUUUACAUACAACGUAGUGCGCAAAAUUUUAAAAAAAAUUACGAAACCGUUUUUUUUAAAAUUAAAGAUAAAGUUCCCGUUACCAUGGUAAUACUCGGCUCGUCAAGAGGGAGAUGGAAAUACUUUUACAUGCAACAAGUGGGCCAAGCCGAGCCAAUUCAGAGGAAAAAAGACACCUCUAAAGUCUACGUUCAAACAAUCCCUUCCUUUGCUACAAUGAUCGAAACAAGGAUGGCAAUAAGCUUUUUCAAACGCGGCCCGUCUACCGCCUUCUCACAAUAAUUGUUUGAUCGCCACGAACAUCAGACUAAUUUACAUAAUUUGGGCCCCACACGUUCGAAUCAACACUUCCUUUUCUAUAACUAUAAUAAGCAGAGAGAAAUAGCGAACUCACAUUCGAACGCCACCACCUUACCGCCUUCUUGUAAAAUGCUUAGUAUGACAUACAAACUAAAGGGAAGACCAUCCGCGCCAUUUUGGCUUUGACUUUCGAAUUUUCGAAUUUGUCUUAUUUAAUAAUUCCUGAUUUGAACCACGUAUAAAUACAGUCCAUUAACUACAAUAUGGGGUACACUAAUUGUGUUGUUCCUCGUUGCCCAAGUAAACCAGACACAGGUAUAGUAUUCAAAUCUUGGCCCAAAAGCCAGAUCCUUUCUGCACAAUGGCAGGAAUAUUUACCACAAAUUCUAACGCUAACGCGUUAAUUGCCCUAUAGAUUUUAAUUUUUACGUCGGAAUAGUCAAAAUAUUCUAUUCAAUAUUAGAUGUCGUCACAUGAUAUGAUAUUUAUUUUUAGUUAUAGGUUGGUUGUACUAAUUAGCUUCGCAUACUUUUUGCUUACUAUGAAAUAAUAUUAUUAAAAGGCGGAUCUACAGUGGUGGUUAUGAAUCAUAGUUUUUUUCUUUUAAAUAUUCCUGGGAGCCGCACCCCAGCUGCAAAGGGCGAUAGGUUGGCAGCAUUGUUAGCCGCCGCACUUUCUUUUAAAUGCGAUUUCGAAGUCAGAAGUACAGUCUUCGCUAACAAUGCCUAUCGUCGACUGAUGCUGACCGGUCGCAUUCGAAACACCGUUUAUGCUACACCUUUUUACACGGCGGCGACUUGUUAUUAUUCAAACGCGACCUCUAAAAGCAGGAAGUAUCGACGCCAGGCUCAUAUAAUUUUUGGAUAGGGUUGUACAAAGCAACAGGCGAUCGUUUCUAUUGGUCAAACUUUCCCGCGGAAAUUUGUGAUUGGCUGAAAUUUCCCUGGCUCGACUCGGCCUGCUGCUCAGCUCGUCAUUUCCAUGGAAACUUGUGGAUGCAAACUCAAAUUUCUCAAAUUUCAUCAGACAAAAUUAUAGCAAACAUAUCUAAAAAAAAUUCUAAUUUUCUAAAGUAUUUUUUAUUCAAAUUUCGAAUGAGUAACCGCAACAACCAGUCAAAACACUACAGAACAUUCACAUUCACAUUUAAAUACAUAUUGAAGAACUGAAACGCGUGAGAUUACUACUUUAAAUAUGAAAAUCUUUCUACAACACAUUAGUUGCUUACACUUCUCUCCUUUGAGAUAAACUAUUGCAUAACAAUUACAGCUACUUUUUUAGCACGUUUCAAAUUUAUUUCUAACGAUAAACUACCUUCUUGUCUACCACAAUUUGACAGAAUCGUAUUUUUUGGCCAUGUAGACAGCAUCCUCGGCGUGACCAGCCUGGAGCCGUGACUCCCACCUGCCCUGCCGCCGAAGCCCCCUCUCCCGUCCCCGCCACUCGGCAGAGAUCUGCGAUGGGCGGGCGGGCUCCGCCCGCUGCCUGAGGUGUGCGAGAGAGAGCGACAGUGAUGGGCGGUGUGCUGCGGUGCUGUGGCUUGGCGUGGUGGAGGCAGUCACUGGCCGGACAUCCGAACAGUGCCGAAGUCACCUGUGCCGGGUCCGCGCGCGCGGGUCGGCGCUGGCCGACAGCUACUCUCGCCACGCCAAAAAGUGCCGAAUGAAGCGGGCGGAGCAACCGCCCGUCUCCGGGCUCGGUCCGGGCGGCCACCCGGCCCAUCGACGAAGAGACGGGCCGGGCCGGGCGCUCUGGCGACGAGCGCUCGGUGCUGCCGGGCGGAGGCCGCCCGCCCAUCGCAAAGCUCUGCCACUCGGCUCCGCACAUGGUCGCUCCAGCUGAGGCAUUGCCACAGACGGCGCCGCUGGAGCCCCUGCUCUCCUCGAUUAAGGCCCAGCCGCAACCUGCGUCACCUGCCACCCCUCACUCACUGCCUUCGCUUAGGUCCUGCAGCCUCCUUCGACGCUGCUGUCUCUCAACGCACGAUCUAACGCAAACUGCCAAGGUCCCGCGGUUCGAUCACCCCAAAGUCCUCAACUGCAGCGACGCGACGCCUGGCAGACGCUAUGCCUACUGCUUUACAGGACGAAAAAUCACAUUUUCUCCUCUGCGAGCGACCUCCCGUUUCUCAAUAAACGCCGCUGAAGCGGCUGCUUAAGCAAUACAGCAAUUUAACAAAAACACAAUUCGCAUUUGCUUUUCCGAUAGCAAAAUUGAGCGUCAGCACACACUACAAAUAGUUAAAGUGACACGACAGACAUGAAGCUAAAACAAAAUUCACAUGUUAUAGAUAAAAAAAUAUAGAACAAAUAAACUGAAUUUUUAAAAAACAUUUUUUUUUUGGUUUCAGAUGGCAGAAGGACCUAACGCAGCACAAGAACAGACUGAAACUCAAAACUUUUUCAAAAGAUAUAACAGUGAAAACCAAAAUUCUGUUCCGACAUACAUGCCCAUUUCUAAACUUCCCCUAUUUCUUUACUUUCAAUUAACAAGUAUCGGACCGUUCACAACAAGUGUUGGUCCAACAGCAAGAGUCCAAUGUAAAAUUCAAGAUGAUCAAGAAGUUUUUUUCUUCCUCAACCGCAUUGGCUUUGCCAAAUUUACAAAUCCUGCCGAAAUUCAGUUAUUGCAAAACUGCAUAACAGAAACAUCAAGCCCUUUUGUUUUCAUAGCAAAAACUACCAGAGCACCGAGAGUUGUAUUUGUUCCAUUUUCUGAAGAAAUAAAUGAACAAUACAUCACCAAAAGUAAAGUUAGAAUUUCUAAAAUACCAGAAGGUGUUCCUAACCAAAUGAAAUUUAUUUGACACGAGCAGGUAUUGUUCUCCCACAGUAAUUAAAAGAGAAGAAGCUACAGUACAAGACAUCAAGAUGAAUACCACUAAGGCAAUAAAAAGAAGAUAAAUAUACAUUGUAACACUAUUGAACUUACCAAAAUUCAAAACCAAUAGGUCUAAAAAUUAUAUUUGGAACUUUUUUUUUUUUUGCUGUUUCUUCAGUACAAUUCCUCUUCAAAGUAGAAUCCUUAAAGCAAAAUUUUAUCAGAGUUGCUUUAUCUCUUUCCGUUAAUGAUUUAGAAAGAAUAUUUCCCUAAAUUAAUUAUUGCUGAGCGAAGCGAAGCUUUCCGGAACAGUGGACUGAGCUCUCUGGUGGACCUGGCGUGUCGUUGGUCGUGAGUCUGUCUGUCUGUGUGUGAGAAUAAACUUCUCCUCUUACGCUGUAGCCGACCGCGCUAAGAGUUAAUAUGUUUUGGAAUGGACAAAUUACGAGCUUUCUUAAUCACUAAAGAACGUGGCGAUUGAUUGUGUUUGGGACAUUUCAUUAUAAUUUGUAAUUCGAAUUAAAAGUUCAACAGUUGGCACCAGUUCGCGGCCGCGGCGCGGUGUGGCCAUUCGCCGCUAGGUAGCGCUUGGCGCAGCAGCAUGGUGCAAGUAAAGUUAGAAAGGCUCACCUCGAGUUUUUGAUACCUCCUCAACAGUGAUUCAAAUACCAGAUUGUCAAACCAAGUGUGGAAUUUAUAGGCCCCCGAGUAGGGGUGCCUAUUGCUUUCGCCCGAAAGUUUUUUUUGUUAUUCUUGACUGCUGGCCCCUUGUGGCACAGCCAAUCGUGCCCAAGCGAAUUAAUCAAAUUUGAAUGAAAAAUAGUUCAGAAAAUUUGGAAUUUUUUAAGACAUGUUUAAUGCAAUUAUGUCUGAUGAAAUAUGAGUUUGCAUCCACGCGUUUCCAUAGAAAUGACGAGCUAAGCAGCACGCCGAGUCGAGCCAGGUAGACUUCGGCCAAUCACAAAUUUGCGCGGGGAAGUUCGACCAAUGGAUUUGCUUUGUGCAACCCUACCCCAAAAAUAUUUGGCCCUGGCGUCGAUUCGAUAGUCGCGUUUGAAUAAUACUAUCGUGCCGCCGUGUAUAAAGAUGCAACACAGACGCCGUUUUGAACGCGGCCGCUGAGCGCCAGCCACGGCUUUGAUUGUUGGCUGCGACUGUAGUUCCGCCUUGUAAUAAUUUCGUUUCAAAAGGGGCGGAAAGUUUACGGAUGCAGCCAACCUAUAACUGAAAAUAGAUAUUAUGUUUUUAUCUUUAUUUAAGAUUAGGAGUGUCAACAUAUAACAUACAAUACGUCUACAUUAUACGUAUACGUUCUUUAUAUUUGAAAACAUUAUCAGUGAUCUCUUAAUCUGCUGACGCUGUGUUAGUAAUAUUUUUGAAAAGUUCACGUUACCUGUCCUGAAUGUUAUGGCGGGUGUUCAUUUAAGCCAUUUAAGCAAGCUAGCGUGGCAAACGAUCAGCAUUCUAAACUUUGAAAUAUUUAUAAUAGACAAAUUAUGUAGAAUUUUAAGUGCACAGAAAAUUAGCCACCGUAAAUAUUAAGAUUUUUAGUCUAUCAUUAAUUAAUCAGAUCAACAUAAAUUUCCUAGAUAUUUGGCUGCAGUGUACAGCAAAAUCAGUAGCUAAUGUGAAGAAUCGUAGUAUUAUUUUUCCAAAGUUAACAUUAAAAUUUAAGGGGGCCGUUAACGCGUUAGCGUUAGAAUUUUUAGUUUUAGAGUUGCGGAACUCGUCCUACAAAGUUUCGCGAGUGUCCGAUAAGAAUGAACCAAAGUAAUAUUUUGAAUGG